CUUUAUAAAACAACAAUAACGGAUAGAAAGUCGAUUUAAGCUCUCUUGGAUUUUGACAUUGAUUUGCCUUCAUGCCUUUUGCUCACAUUUCUUUCACUUCUAAGUUUGAAGGCUACAGUGAACUCGGACGAUGGCGGUUAACUGGCCAGGACUGCUGUCCUUAUGCGUGUUUUACAUGAUGAUACUGGCCAUGGGUAUCUGGGCAUCCAGGAAGUCCAAACGCGAGGAGAAGAAAUGCACUGGCAACCGCAGUGAAGUUACAAUGGUUGGGGGGCGGAACCUAAACAUCUGGGUCAGCAUAUGCACCAUGACAGCCACUUGGGUGGGAGGAGGCUAUAUAUUGGGUAAUGCUGAAGUGGUCUAUGAUCCAACAAAGGGGUUGGUGUGGGCCACUGGACCCCUCGCCUUUUUCAUGAACUUAGUUUUAGGUGCACUCUUCUUUGUCAAACCCAUUCGGUCAAAGAAUUAUGUCACCCUGAUGGACCCAUUUCAGGAGAAAUACGGCGACAAAGUAGCGGCUGUUCUCUUCAUUCCCGCUCUCCUCGGCGAUAUCUUGUGGGUAGCAUGUAUCCUUGGUGCGUUGGUGAAUUUGUUUGUGGUCACCGGAGGGACGAUAAGCGUGGUCAUGGAUAUCUCCUCCGCGCUCGCCGUGUGCGUCUCCGCCGCUGUGGCUAUCGUCUACACGUUAAUGGGAGGACUCUACGCUGUGGCCUACACUGACGUCGUCCAGCUUAGCUUGAUGCUAGUUGGAUUGGUACAAACACUGCAUUUUUAA